AUGUAAUUACUGAUGCAUGCUCACUGUCGUUGAUGUUUUCAUUGGGUACUGCAUGUAAUCGAGCCGUCUUCAAAGUGAUUUUCGAGGACACGACCUCGUAGUGAAAUGUAAUCAGUUUAGCUUGAUUUAAAUCCCCGCACAAGAUGCAUCGGCUACCACGAAGAGUUGUUUAUUGUCAGUAUCGAAGUUCUCUUAGGGCGCAGAGUCACAAAAGGUUCUCUUCCAGUUCGUCUUCUAGUUCACUUGCGACAAAACCUGUUGGGAACGAGACAAAAGAGGACCAGGGAGCUAGCACCAUCCGUAAUGGACGUGAGAUCUCGCUCUUUGGGCCCAAGGACUUGAGGGUGCCCCUUCCAGGGAAUGUAGGUGUGGUGCCAAUAGACUUUGGCGUGGCCCCAGUGGCACCUGAACGUCCCAAGACAUGUGAUGUGCUCUCAAGGGAGACAAACUCUGACCGUUACCACAACAUUUUGGCACAGUUCCUGAGCCCGCCGGAAGAGCUCCUGAGGGAGGCAUUUGGCGGGGUUCCUGGCCCACCUACUAUACUUGAGUGCAAUGCUCAGGACUGUCCAGACCUUCUCAAAAAGGACUUUCAGGACCUGUUUCCUGCGAGAAACAUCUUUGGCGACCCGCUCACUGUCAUCACCUUGACCCAGAAGACUGAAAAUGACAUGACUUACUGGAGUGAGGAUGUGGAUAUAGAGAGAGAAGAGCUCACAGGGCAGUUUGUGAUGACGGCCCGGAAGAUAUGCAGAGCCCUGCAAGAGGCUGGGUAUUGGGCUGACUUCAUCGAUCCGUGUAGUGGAAGGCCAUCACUGGGACCUUACACCAAUGCAACACUUCUGGAAACUGAUGAGCGUUAUAGGCACUUUGGAUUCACCAUUGAAGACCUUGGGUGUUGCAAAGUGAUCACUCAUCAUUUGUGGGGUAGCAAUGCCUUUGUUGGUUGCUUGUUUACAAAUGCUCCUGCUGACAGCCUAGAAGUACAGAAGAUACUGUGUGAGCAUAACGAGUGACUGCUGGUGUGACGCUGCUAUAGGACAUAUAAAUAUUUGUACAUUUGCUGGCUGGGCGCUGUGUUCGAGGUAUGCACUCUCGCAAGAACAGUGAAAAAAAUAAAACUAUUAGGAACA